GGGUAGACAGCGGCCGCAGAUCUUCCUCCCGGAGAACAACGAAUGAGAACAGAGCAGUUAACAUCGCCACCAGCAGGAAUCACGACGUUCUCUCUGAACCCAGCAGUGGAGCUUUCAGACAACCAGAGCCGGCGAAAGGGACGGAUCCGCGCGGUUCAGGGAGAAGCGGUAUUGAUCAGUCGUGGUGUUGGGACCAUGGCACCGGACUUGUAUUUGUAACACGCACUUGGCAUGAUAAGGAGACACUAUUCCUCGCUCGUGACAAUAAGACUGGGACAAACAGAAGAGGGGACCUUGUAUGACGAAGCCGGGCAUACAAUUAUAUACUACUUACAGGACAAUCGCUUAUAAAGUCUGAACUCUUCACACAGUCGUAUGGACACGCUAGUGAAGAUGCAAGAAAGUUGUGAAAAGUGAAGAAGUUUGGCUUGUUUGAAAGGUACGAUCUUUCACGGACGUUAAUCAUUGUCAUUGAUGAAUCUUGACAGAGUUGGUCUUCCCGGACUUUCUUGUACCAGUUCACGUGACAGUGUUAAAGCGGCGGCUGUUACAAUAUGAUAAACACGGCAUGUGUUAUGGAGUAAACACCAUCCUCAGAUGAAAUGUUGUGAACCAGCCACACCAAGGAACUGAGAAGCGACCCCACCAACGAUGUCGUCCAACAUUACGGACGCGGCGAAGGAGCCGUUCGGUGUGGUUAACGCCAACCUUGAGAAGUUCGCCCAUUGGUAUUGGCACAUCCACGGCUAUCUCAGUCUCAUCAUCUGCAUCUUCGGCAUCUUCACCAACAUCCUCAACGUCACUGUCCUCACCCGUAAGUCGAUGCGAACGGCGAUCAACUGCAUACUAUGUGCCAUAGCUAUCUCAGACAUUGUGACGAUGUCGUCGUAUAUUCCAUAUGCUGUCCACUUCUACCUUAUCUGCGACCUCGCGCCGUCCCCAGAACGCUACUCCUACGGCUGGACCACGUUCCUCGCCAUCCAUGGCAACGUCACGACGACAAGUCAUUGCAUAUCUAUCUGGCUGGCGGUGUUUAUGGCGGUGAUGCGAUACGUGUACCUCCAGACCAAACGCUGCCCGAGCAUCAAGGUCACGUGUGCUUUGAUCUGUGUCAUCCCAGCGUUUGUGGCGCUUAUAAUGAUGCCUAACUAUCUCAUCACCGAUGUCUAUGAAGUCACCGUCCCCAGCUUAAACGCCAGCAUCUACAGACUAAACGACUACGCCCUCGGUAACAAUAACCCAACGACCCGAGCAUUGGUUGCGUUUUGGCUAUACGCCAUCGUCGGUAAGCUCCUGCCGUGUACGUUAAUAUCAAUCUUCAUGGGGCUCCUUCUGAAGAAGCUUCACGAAAGUGCCAAGCGUCAGAAGCGAUUGUUCAACGCUUCCGAUCAUGCGCAGAAGAAGAAGAAGCGCCACAAGUGUACAACGACGAUGUUGCUGGUGAUUAUAGUGAUGUACAUGCUCACGGAGCUCCCACAGAGUUUUAUUAUACUUAUGAGUGCCUCGUAUCAGUACUUUUUUAGAAAUGUGUAUUUUCUCCUCGCGGACGUUUUAGACAUGGCGGCGUUGAUAAAUAACGCCAUCAACUUUGUAUUGUAUUGUACAAUGAGUCAGCAGUUUAGGGACCAUCUAUAUGACUUAAGUGGAGCUCUUCUUUGUAGAACACAACGUGCAAAAAGGAAGAGAUUCGCUAACAACGUUCACUAUGACACCGUCAAUGCAAGCGCCAACCAAUCCCAUUUAGAUCACUUGUGCGUUACAACGGCAACCAGUGAGAAAUCGUUAUCACAUGGAUGACGUCAUAGAAUAAGCGAGGUGCAACUAUGAACAGAGCUCUUUAAGGGGGAACAGGUAGAAGGGGUGAUUGUGAACAAAUAUUGCAUAUUACAACAUUAGGAAUAUUUAGGUAGAUUUCCGUAGCCUUUUUCGGAAACCGAAAUCAGCCGAGAAUAUCCGAAUGUGAAAAUAUAGCCCGACCCCUUGAAAAUAAUGAAUGCAAUUUUCAUUCGUUCACACUCACUCCAUCUUUGUGUUUCUCUUUAAACAGUACUGUGUCUUGAAACUGUUUUCAAACAUAUAGUAUAUAUGUGACAUGUGAUAUGUGCAGCUGUGAUGUCUAUGACUGACCGGUUAUGUCAACAGAGACACGUGACCAGGGGAUGUUCAUGUGCAUCUCGCUUACAUGACACGUGACUGUCAUGUGACAAUUAUCACAUUAGAUGAAUCGUAAUGACAAAACCACAUUACGGUGAUAGUGUGUGUAUGAGUUCAAACAGAACUUCUGUGGAGGUUUUGAAAGACGCUGUUGGAAAAGUUCGAUCUUCUCCGGAAUGGCAAGUGACUUACAUGCUUGUUGAAUCGGAACUGUCUAGAAGAAUCUUGUCUCCUCGGACCUGAGACGAGAUUUUCCAAAUGUCAAGUAACUUCCGAAAUGGUUCAUUCGGAACUUAAAUACAGACAUAUGAAACAACGGAUAGAGCCGAACUUUCUUCAGUGUGAGCAAGUGAAAACUUUGUACACCGGAAUUAGCCAAACUUCCUCAGAAUCCUAGACGAUUGGUGUGUACGUGAUUGCACGGUGUUGUUAUAAACGAUGAGUCGACUUUAGUGCUGUACAGUUUGAUAAUGCUCAAGUGAUGUUUGUAAACGUUCGGUCUUUCUGUGUCGUGUCGAACAUGUGGAACUGCAGUUAGACAAACAAAUAACUUCAAAUAACUAAUAUUUUAGCUAUGAACAUCAGUAUGUGCCGCUCUCGUUCCUCUGCUAAACCACACACGUGUCCAUCGUGUCAUGUGACCAGUCACGUGUCUGUCUAUCUCUCAGUGGAAUUGCUGAUGCGGCGUAAAGCAAUAUUCACCCUCUCUCUCAGUGCAUGUUCUCAGUCAUAAACUUAGAUACUGCUAUCGAAUAAACUAUU